AUGGGUUCAAAAGGCUUCACAGGUGCCCCUUUUUGGACUCAACAAGCCAGAUUUGAUGUAUCAGCCAUUUAUCCAAAUUGCAAGAAGCCCAAUACUUACCUCCAGGCCCCAUACUGUAAGAGUGUCUGUUCAAAUUUGUCCCGAAAAUUAGGACCGGGCACCUACGUGAUCGAUGAUGGAAGCUUCAGCUCCACUGCCUUAAAGAAGAGAGCAUCAAGCUCUAGCUGGGCCAAGGCUCAGGAAGCGGCUAGACUCACCGAAAUGCCACAUUUUCAAUUUAAAGAAAUAUGCCAGCAGGAGAAAGCUCGGAAAAGAAAACUGGGACCUGGGACUUACAAUCACACAGAUUUUCUGCAGCUCAUGGAAAGUAAGCCACGCAGUAUUAGAGGAAUUUGUGAUACUGGAGCAGUAAGAUUUAAAGACUACAUGAGGGAAUGUUAUCCUGGCCCUGGCACCUAUGGAAAUCCUUAUGUCAAACUACAAGAAAGGGAACAAACCCCAGUCACUGAUUUAGGAAUAAUGGAUAGUAAAACUCCUAAACAAUUCACCUUGAUCCAUGCGGGAAGCGGUUUGGGACCUGGUACUUACAAUAUCAAAAAUAGUAUGGAUGAGAUGUUGAAACGUGUGGUCAGUAUUCGAGGUCCCUAUGAAACCUUCACUGGCAACAGAUCAAAGCCUAUGGUUUCUGGACAUUUUGCUGGUGAUAGAAAAACGUCUGAGCUGUCUGGUUGCAAUAUCAAAUCCUUCCUGGAUGAACUGGAGACAAGGGAGAAAAAGAAACAUGGUGUUUUUAGUAAAUUUUCACGGGAUCCUGAAUACCCAACUGAACGGAUCUUCUGGUCCAAAAUUGGCAUGUUUCAACGUGAACAAUUCCAAACAGGACCAGGCUCCUAUGACAUAAAGCCCAUUAAGAGAAUAGAAUAUAAAAACCAACCACCGUUCUGGAUUGGUGCAAAAAGAUUUGACCGAAGAGCAUAUCGUCUCUGUUUUGGAAUUACGAAUCCUGUCGGUGUUGGGCGCUAUGACACCACAAAGCAUGAGAAACAUUCAAAGAAGUUGAGAUACCGUUCCCUUUAUAUGAACGAAACACAACGUUAUCUUAGUAACUUGGAAAGGGACAAGUGUUUACAGGAGAGGAUCACUCCUGUUAAUAAAGGUCGCCAGAGCAACCCAAACUCUGCCUAA